AUGAGCGGCACGCAAAUGAUGACGACGAUGCGCGCUUCGACGACGAUCCGUUGUUGCGCUUCUUCGAAUCAACAAAAAUCGACUUCCUCCUCGUCGUCUUCGAGAAGAAUCCCGAAAUCUUCGAGCAAUAACAUCAGCAACGAAGCCGGUAAAGAUGCGUUGCCAUCGUCUCGCGCAACAGCUACCGCCGCUGUGUCCUCUGUCGCCGCGUUGAGCAGCGCUGGACCGGCUUUGGCCGAUGGGUUGAGUGAUUUUCAGGUACCGGAUAUGUCGUCGGCGAUGGCGGAAAUGCCAAAGGUGGACUUUAGUGGCUUCGCGUCGAAGCUUAAAGAUAUCAAAGUUCCGGAAAUCGACACGUCUGCGUUCGACGAGUUGAAGGAGAAAGCUUCAUCGGCUCUGGAUGAUGCUACGUCGGCUCUGGAUGACUUCGACCCAAACGCUCUUCAAGCGCAACUACAGUCGAAGGUUUCCGAGAUCCAGUCAACUCCGGCACCUGUUACCGUUCCGUCUAUUCCAAAACCUUCUGUUUCUGUGACUAUUGAAACACCGUCCGCGUCCGUAGAGAUGCCUGCGAUGCCUGCGAUGCCUGCGAUGCCGGAAAUGCCUGCGAUGCCCGCGAUGCCUGCGAUGCCGGAAAUGCCUGCGAUGUCGGAAAUGCCCGUAUUGCCAGAAAUGCCCGCGAUGCCGGAGUUGCCAGAGUUGCCUCCUCUUCCAGAUCUUCCCUCUGUGGAAGAUGUGAUGGCGAGCUUCACGAGUGUCAUCGAUUCCGUGCCUGUCCCGGAAGAUCUCCAGCCUUUAGUAGCCGCUAUUAAACAAAAUCCAGACACGGGCGUUGCCUUGCUUGCUUUCAUCUUUGGAUCUCCGGUUUUACUUGCAGUAUUAGGUGCGGCUUUGCGUGGAUACGAUGGUGAUGUCCGCCCGAAAGCUUGCUAUGAAUCGCUCGAGAAGAAUGGUAACGCAAAGAUUAUCGACACCCGCUCGGAAGAAGCGAUAAGGAACGAAGGCGUUCCCGAUUUGAGAGGAUCGGCGAGAAACAAAGGGGAAAUCGUUCGUGUCGUGAAAUUGAACGAGAAAGAACGAAGACAAACGCGCGGCGCGAGACAGAUUGAACUCACGAUUGCAGCGGAGAAGAUUAAGAAGUUAUCUUCGAUUGGCUCGAAGUUGUACUUUAUUGGUCCAGAUGCGAAGGACUUGGCCAAGACGGUCAAAAGUGAAACUUUUGCUCGUAAGUGCUACACUAUUUCUGGUGGAUUUGAAGGCUACCGAUCGUCUGGCUUGAAGUUGAGAAAAGGUGGCUAUAAAAAGAACGUUGCCGAGGUUGCUGCCGAGGAAGCGUCGGAGAUUGGAAGCAGAGCGACGCGCGCCGUCCAAAGCAGUGUCGGCUCUGUCUCGACGACUGUGAAAACUGCGGACGAUUCGAUGAAGGUUGUGUACGGGCUCCUCGCGCUCGGCGUUGUGGUCGGAGCGAUCGAGUACGAAAAGACGUUGCAAUUCAUCGGCGUCGUCGGUAUCGAAUUGACUUUGUUGAACGCGUUCUUGUCGUACGAAAAUCCUCUCGAUGCGAUUUCAGCGUUUGGUAACUUUGUUUCUCCGGUGACGCAGCCGAUUACGAACGCGAUUGGCGCUAAAGCCGGCGAAGUCGCCAACGAGGCCGUGAGUAUUGCGUCGGAAAAAGUGAAGGAGUCCGUUAGCGAGAUUUCUGUUCCGGAAGUUGAUUUGGACCAAAUUCCAGGCGGUUCCGGCCUCAAGCGUUCGCUGGAGAAGCGAGGGGCUUCCAAACAGUCCGCGGUCGAAGAGGACGAAUAA